AUGGAAUUCACCAAAGACUUGGGCAACCGCUUAUUGUUUGCUAUCCCUAAAAAGGGUCGUAUCUAUGAAAGUUGCAUUGAACUCUUAAAGGGCUGUGAUAUCUACUUUAAUCGAAGCUCAAGACAAGACAUUGCUCUCUGUACCAAUUUGCCUAUUGCCCUUAUUUUCUUGCCUGCUGCCGAUAUUGCUAAAUAUGUAGGUGAAGGUAAUGUGGAUUUGGGUAUUACAGGUCAAGACAUUGUGGUUGAAAGCCAUGUGGAAGACAAAAUCCAACAAGUGUUGGAAUUGGAAUUUGGUAAAUGUCGUCUUUGUAUUGAAGUGCCUAUGAAGGGUGAAUACCAAACCAUUGAAUCUUUGGUCGGAAAGCGUAUUGUCACUAGUUUUGUCAAUUGUGCUGCUAAAUUGUUUGAGCCUCUUGAUCAAAAGGCUGGUAAAAAGACAACCAUUGAGCAUGUCUCUGGUUCUGUUGAAGCCGCUUGUGCUCUUGGUUUAGCUGACGGCAUUGUGGACCUUGUGGAAACAGGUGAAUCCAUGCGUGCUGCUGGUCUUCAUGAUAUCUAUACCUUGAUGGAAACUCAAUCUGUCUUGAUUGCCAACAAGAAAACACACCACCAAGAUUUGAUUGAAAAGAUUGCUUCUCGUAUCCGUGGUGUCAUUACAGCCAACAAAUAUGUCUUGUGUACUUACAAUGUAGAACGUAAAAACUUGCCUUUGACCACCAAGGUCACUCCUGGUCGAUUGGGUCCUACUGUCUCUUCCUUAGUCUCUCGAGAAGGUUGGGUUGCUGUUUCUGCUAUGGUCAACAAGAAGGAAAAAGGAGAAAUUUUAGACAAAUUAACUGAAUGUGGUGCUACUGAUAUUAUGGUUACUGCUUUUACCAGUUGCCGUGUAUAA